UUCUUCUUCCAACUUCCCUACUUACUGUUGUAUUCUCUCCCUCUCUCUCUCUCCAUUUUCAUCGGUUUCUUGACUGCGCCGCAAGCAUAUAUACGUAGACUAUAUCGGCGCGAGAUUUCCUUGGGAAUCUUCUUGAGAUAUCUACGAAGUUGGAAUCUUUUCUGCUCAUAAUUUCUUGUGGUUUUUGUUGUUUUAUUGCUGGAAGUUGAAUUUGGGAUCUUUUUUUCUUUGCGAUAGUUUUUGUUGAUGAUUUCCAGCUGUGAGAGUUCAGCGGAGGAAGAGCUUGAGGAUCUUAGGAAAAGUGCCUGAUACAAGCAGCAAAGCCGAAUAGUUAUUGAAAGAUGGAAUCUAAUAGACAUUCCCCAAGUGUUAUUGCAAGGCUGAUGGGUCUUGAUGAGCCGCUACCUCCACAGCCUGUCUAUAAACAAAGAAGAAUACUCUCAGAAACUUAUCUCCGAAAAUCAGCUUCUAUAGUUUUGCGGGAGAAAAGCUCAUUUUCUGUAGGCCACUCUUCUAGUAUGAACACUAAGAAGCGCAAAGCAAUUAGAGAGGAAAAUAAGCUGCUUGAUGUCCGGAAUUUUCCAUCAGAGCACUGUCUCGGACAUUCAGCUGUCUGUAAGUCAUCCAGUGCUUCAAAAUAUAGAAACAAUGAAAUAUGCAAGAAGUCAGAUAUAAUGUCUGACGGGAAUAUUUUGAGUUCCAUUGGUGAGUUUGAGUUGAAGGAUAACACGUAUCAUCCUAAAAGUGACAUGGAACCUCCCAAACAGAGUUUUAGAGUUCCCUUUGGAUCUCCGAGUAGAAGAAUCCAAUAUGCAAGGCACUAUCAUGUUGGUGAUCCUAAAACCAAACCAGUGCAAUUGGGAACAGUUACUCAGCCAGAGGCAUUAAGCCCCUCAUCUUCAAGUUCCUUAAACAACAGUGUCCUAGAUCGUAGUGCAUAUUCCUUUUCAAAUCUGUUAUUUUUUACAAAAGAGUCUAAGAGGCAAAUGUUUGAACAAUGGAAUCUAACCAAAGACUUUCAGGAAGUUGAAGUGGAUAAAGGCUGUAGCAAUCCUAGGGAAAUUAGCAGCCGAGAUGGUUGGAAGAGUGAGCAUAGUAGAACUUUACCGAGAUCAAACACUUCACAGAUUUGUAUUAAUAUAUCAGGAAAUGCCAAAAGCAGAUCCAGGACUGAGCCUACUCUAUAUGGCUCAUGUUUGUGGCAAAAGGAUGAUGUUAGGAAUGAAAACAAAUGCAUGAAGCAAAGCCAGAAACAUUAUGUUGAACUUGGAGAUAGAAGAGUAGUUAUUCCAGAGAAGAAGAGUGCAUCUAGAUUCUACAAAUGCAAUCCUGGUCUUUCAAACUCUAAGAGUAAAAGUCUUGCUUUCACAAGGAAUGCUGCAGGUUCAUUGGCUAAUGCGAACACCAAAGGCAUUGGAAUUUCUUCUAUGAAUUUUGAAAAUCUUCAUUCUGAACCAAGUCCCUCUUUGUCAACUGGAGAUGAUCUUUCCUCUUACAGUUGGGAAACUUCAUUUAAACAGGAAUCAUUGAAUGAAUCCCCUCCAAACAGGCUGGUUUCUUUGAAAGAUACCAUAAUUGACCCAAAUUCUGCUAUGAAUUUGAAGGAAGCCAAACAAAGUAGUCCAAAUUCAGUUCUUGAACCACAUUUUAAGGCGGGGAAACUUCGAAACUCUGAAUGCUAUGACGGUCCUGUUGUAGAUUUACAUAGUGUGGUAAAGCAGCUUAAGCUUCUUGAAACCAGCUCAGAGGAAACAUACUCUGAAGGAUCUGAAAUGGCAGUAUCAAGUCUUGAAAAUAAUGAGAAACGAUCUUUUUACUUUUCUCGAGAACUGCUGGGAGUGUUUAGCAGUGAAGAAAGUAGGGAUUUCUCUUACCUAGUUGAUGUUUUAGAUGAGGCCCACCUGAAUUUUGAAGUGGACUUCGAAACAUGUAAUUCUUUGGAAUCCCCUAUAAACCCAUUGUUUUUUGAGGCAUUAGAGAAGAAAUAUGGUAAGCAGAUAUCUUGGUUGAAGUCAGAAAGGAGGCUUUUGUUUGACCGUAUAAAUUCUUGGUUUAGUGAGAUUUUGAAUUCAUUUACGGAUAUCCAUAUUCGUUCAAAGUCCUUGAAGAUGAUGUUUCAUCCAACAUUGAGACGAAGUGAGGUUGAGGAAGAAUUGUGGAUGUUGCUUGUUAAUGAGGAAAAGGAAGUGGGCAAGGACUUGUCUGAGAAAGCACUGGGAGUGGAAACAAAGUGGUUGAAAAUGGAGAGCGAGAUUAGUAAUAUAUGUAAGGAAGUAGAGAAUUACUUGUUCGAUGAACUAGUAGCAGAAUUGUUUUGCAUUUGAGAGUUUAUUUUUUUUACAUUUUCCCUCUGUAUUUAAAUCAUUCUUUGGCAGGUAAAAUGCAACGUUGAAAUAGCAGUUUUGGCAUAUAGUAUACUAUAAGAUGUGAGUGCUGUAUAGGGUAGAGUGAAAAAUUCAAAUAUCAGCUACUGUAUGGUGAAGCAUAUGAGAAAUUUUCCGCUUGGUUUUAUUGUUAAUAAUAAUAUUGCUAUAGAAAUUCUUGUCUA